UCCCCGCCCAUGCGGUGAAGUGUGUGCCAAAGAAUGAAACGUACCCGUGGCCACUCGGACUAAGGGCGGUGCUAGUGGUGGCCAAGCAGCAGCAGCAGGGCCUUCGCCUUUGUGCUCGCAAACAGAGAGAAGAUGGCUCCCGUUUUGGACAAGCAACUCCCGGACGUAACCGGGGCGGGCGACAACAACGAGGAGGAGGAAGGACUGGACCUCUGGACCUCGAUAUUGAGUGAAGUUUCUACCCGUUCCAGUUCUAAAUUGCCUUCAGGAAAAAACAUUCUGGUGUUUGGGGAGGACGGAUCAGGGAAAACUUCACUUCUGUCCAAGCUUCAUGGAGCCGAACACAACAAAAGAGGACGAGGACUGGAAUAUCAAUACUUAAAUGUCCAUGAUGAAGACCGGGAUGACUUUACACAAUGCAAUGUGUGGAUCCUGGACGGGGACCUGUACCACAAAGGCCUGCUCAAGUUUUCCAUCUCUGCUCAGUCCCUACCUGACUGCCUCGCCGUGUUUGUGGCGGACAUGUCGCGACCCUGGACCAUUAUGGAGUCUCUGCAGAAGUGGGCUAGCGUCCUACGGGACCACGUGGACAAACUGAAGAUCCCUCCCGAGGACAUGAGAGAAAUGGAGCUGAAGAUGGUGAAAGCGUUCCAGGAGUACGCAGAACCAGAGGACGGCGCCCCGGCCUCUCCGCAGAGACGGACCAUGACAGCAGGGGAGGAUGAGGCAGUUGUGCUACCACUUGGAGACAAUACACUCACACACAACCUGGGCAUUCCAGUGCUAAUAGUUUGCACAAAGUGCGACUCAAUCAGCGUAUUGGAAAAGGAACACGACUACAGAGAAGAGCACUUUGAUUUCAUCCAGUCUCACAUCAGGCGAUUUUGCUUACAAUAUGGAGCUGGCCUAAUCUACACCUCAGUAAAGGAGGAAAAGAAUCUGGAUCUACUUUACAAAUAUAUUGUACAUAAGUUGUAUGACUUCCAUUUUACCAAUCCUGCCCUAGUAGUGGAGAAGGAUGCAGUGUUCAUUCCAUCGGGAUGGGAUAAUGAGAAGAAAAUCUGCAUUUUGCACGAAAACAUUACAUCAGUCAGACCUGAAGAUCCAUUUGAAGAUUUUAUCACUAAACCUCCAAUACGAAAGCUGGUUCAUGACAAAGAAAUAAAUGCUGAAGAUGAGCAGGUCUUCCUGAUGAAGCAGCAGUCUUUGUUAGCCAAACAGCCAGCCACGCCAACAAGAGGAUCUACCGAGUCCCCUGGGCGGACAGCAUCAGGUUCUCCAAGGCCUGCGGGACGUGCUGGCCAGCCCAUACUGACCAGCGGCUCUCCCAUGGCUGCUGUCAAAAAGCCUGAUGCCAACAUGAAAGCAGGGGCUGCCAAUGAGGGUGUACUGGCCAACUUCUUCAACAGUCUGUUGAGUAAAAAGACCGGUUCACCGGGAAGCCCUGGAAGUGGAGCUGUUGGAGCUGGAGUGCAAGGCUCUGCAAAGAAAACAGGACAGAAGCCGGGUUUGACUGACGUCCAGGCCGAGUUGGACCGAAUGACUCGCAAACAGGACCCCAUGGUUUCAGCUAACAACAUACCGCCGCAGACCGAGAAGGAAGCGUGAAGGCCGCACAAAAGAAGAACUGCAUCGUCCACUGUGUUUAAUAAUGGAAAUAUACAUUUACAUGUGAGCAUAAUUGUUUGACCAAACCCCCAUGUCACUCAGCACACACAGCAGGUUUCACCAAAAUCAGUUUGAGGAUGUUUUGGUGUUCUGGAGAGAAAGAGAGAGAUGGUAAAGAAUGUGUUAACAAUAUGAUAGUGCUGAAGAUUUGGCUUUUUGUACGUCUUCUCUUCCACUUUCAAUGUUAUUUGCCAAGGUUGUCACUAGUGUGUGGAAACGUGCACACUCGCGCUGGCAGCCAGCUUGAUGCACUGGGUUGCAGGCCUCCCAGUAGUUGAGGUAUAUCCUUAAAAAAAAAAGAAAAAACACUCCAUAGUGAGUUUAUGAGUGGAAACAUGGGUUUUUGGAGUGGAAACCUGAGUUUCUGGAGUGGAAACAUACCGGCCUCCAGUUCAGUUUAUCUUGUAUAAAAAUAAGAUUGGGAUUAGAAAGUUAUUUAAACUUUUAAUUGUAUUCAUGGAACAUAAUUAGGAUUUUUGCAAACAAAUUUUGUUUGUAAAAAAGAAAAACAUUUUGAAAUUAAUGCCGUAGUAUUUAUACAAAGUUCCUCCUUUUUAUUUUACUUUUUUUGCACCCUUCGUUUUAGUUGAAAACAAAGAUGAUCUAUACAAAACAUGUUCAUAAAUGUGUCAACAUUCGGAUAGCAUAUCAUAAUGGCCCUAGUCAUCUGGAAGGAUUCUGUAAAUAUGGAUACAAUCUCUUCAGGUUUGAAUUUUGUGUACAAGUGUGUUGCAAAUUGUUUGACUAACAAAGUUGGCAUUUGACCGGCUUUGAGGUUCCAGCAGAAUCUCGUCUUUAGCUACAGGUGUGUAUAUUUUGGGAAGGGGGGGUUUGGGCACCAUCUUUCCUACUAUAACUCCCGAAAGUGCCUCGCACACACAGCUGUUCCCGCAACAGCAGUCGCUUUUCUACAUGAGGAAAAACAAAAAACACUGUAGCUAGCGCCAUCGGUUGAAGAGAGCAGUCCAUUUCUUGUCAUCCAAAUAAUUUAUUUCUAUUUGUGUUCAUGUAGCCUGUGGUUGCUGGUUUUUUGUUUUUGUUUUUCUGGAGAAAAAAAAAAGAUGCCUCGUUUAAUACAGAAAUACUGUAGAUGUAAUUAUGCCUUCAUCCAAACUCUUAACGGGGGAAGAUAAACAGUUUGGUGGUGCGAACCACUCGCUUCAAAGCCAAAACACACACUGAUUUGCUGUGGUCUGAACAGUGUCAAACAUCACCCUGGUCCUGCUUUACUGUUCACCUCCUUCUUUUGCUUCUUAGAAAACAUUCCGAUUCUACUAAAGGACUUGCUUCCAUGUGGGAAACUUUGUUUGGCUCGUCAGGCCUUUUUUCGGUGAGUCUUUAAACUGACUUUUGCCUUCAGAGUACAACCAAUUAGGCUCAUCACACCAGGCACCAUUAGUUCUCUUUGAACUCCUCAGAUGAUAUGUAACGGUUGGUGAAAUAACACCAUUUUUUCCCGCCACAUUAGCAGAAAAAAAGGACGCACAAUGUAAAUUGGACGUGCGGUUUUUUUUCUAACUAGUCACCCAUACUGUACAUAUUUUCCUAUUCCUCAGACCUUCUAAUUUACACGAUGGGGAAAACUUUAUCCCACUUUGCUGGGUUUUCAUGGUUUCGAUAAGGAAAGCCAAACUGACCGCUUCCCAAGCAUUGAUAUUUUUAAGGAGUAACCACAAGACUGUUUUGGUGUUCAGAUGACUUCAUUUGUUGUGAGAACUGUACACUAAUUACUUUCAGUUAAAAUGUUGUUUUUUUGUAACUGUGUGGCCUAUGCAGUAGAUCAGGGGUGUCCAAAGUGUGGCUCAGGGGACCAUUUUCAGCACCUUUUUGUUGGUCCUCGACAUUUAAAAAAAAAUGAUAUUAGUAGAUACUUCGCUAAAAGGGGUGUGAUUCUGUGGGCACCCAACUAUUCGAUUCGAUUCCGAUUCCUGGGGUGACAAAUCUAUUCUCGAUUCAAAGCAAUUCUCGCAAUGUAUAAUUCACUUUAAUAAUAAUAAUGAGUUAUUUCAAAACAGGUUAGAAAAUCUUGUGGUUCCACAGAGAUGGUCUAAAAACAUUUUUAAAAAUCUACUCAUUAAAAAGAAUACAUUAUAUACAUAUACGUUAGGUCAGGAAAAAACACAAAAGCUAUGUCAUCCUUACAAGCCUGUUUUGCAGAUUUCCCUGCUCCCCUGAAGAGCAGAGAAACCUGCAAAAGAGGCUUGUAGGGAUGAAAUAGCCUGGUUUUUCCUGACCUAACAUAUAUUCUGCUCUACCCCGGUAUUGAGCACUGUAUAAUGGAUAAACCACAGAAACCUCGACUACAUCAUAUAUAUAUUUCUUUUAAUCGUUUUUUGAAAAUUAAAAACCAAUAUCGCAAUCCGUAUGUGAAUCAUUUUGUAUGCACCCGAGUAAGUAUUAUACCAAUAGGGGUGUGAAUCUUUGAGCACCUAACGUUUGAUCCGAUUCCGAUCCCUGGGGUGACGAUUGGAUUCAAAAUCUAUUUUCAAUUCAAACCGAUUCUUUCAAUGUAUUAUUUGGUCUAAUAAUUAUAAUACAACUUUUUCAAAUCCGGUUACAGGUUUCAAAAUCUUCUUCUGGUUGCAUAGAGAUGUUCUAUAAAAAUGUGUUUUAAUUGAUUCUUAUAUAAUUGUUUAUAUCCAAUUUUUUAAAUUGUGAUUCGACUUCUAAUUGGGAUUAAUAAGAAUCGAGAUUUUUCUUUUGGUGCACCCUUAGUUGAUAAUACACUAAUAGGGGUGUGAAUCUUUGGGCACCUAACAAUUUGAUCCGACUCCUGGUGCGACGAUUUGAUGUAGCAUUGAUUCUCAAUUGAACACGAUUCUUUAUUCAAACCGAAUCUUGUCAUGUAUUUGGUAUAAUAAUUAGGAUGAAACUUUCAAAACGGGUUACAGGUUAGAAAAGCUCCUUCUGGUUGCAUUUAAAAUGGUUUAAAAACAUUUUUAAUAAUUGAUUCCUAUAAAACAAAAUAUAUAUAUAUAUAUAUAUAUAUAUAUAUAUAUAUAUAUAUUGCAAUUAAAAUUUGGAAAAUUAUGAAUUAGGAUUAAUAAGAGUGGCGAUUUGGAUGUGAAUCGAUUUUGUUGUACACCCUUAUACCAGAAUCGGGUGGCUACGAGUAAAAAAAAGUCAAUCAGACUGGACUUGGGGAGAGGGUUCCAAAAAAACUCGAUAGUCGUAAGCACACAUAAACAUGUUACACAGAAACCACAAAACUUGCAACGAAAAAAGAGGGGGGUGCCGUUCUAAAAAGCGCUACAUCCUUCCAUCGCCCCAAGCUAUACACUAAUAAUUGGAUUUGUCAACUAUAGCACAAAAGCUAAGGUGAGGAUUGUAUCGAUUUUACUGUCUAAAAUGGUCCCCUGCAUCCUGCAAUGCUUCUGGUUGGAACCCUCGGUGAGAAACAUUUAGACCCCCCCUGCAGUAGAUGAAGCACACCUCCAGAACAUAUUGAAAUAAGCACUUUUCCUCGGACCCCUCCCAUCACUUCCCAGUUAAAGACACACAAUGCCUCCUCCUCCUUGCCUUGCCUUUUGGUGCACACGUCAAACAGCAUUAUUUAUCUGCUUUUGCUGCUUAUGGCUUCUUUUUUGUUACUUUCAACCAGUUCUGUAGAUUUGGUGCAAUGAGUUUUUUGGACAUCUUAUCAGAUACACCAAAUUGACAUUUUUGCCCAAGAAAUUUCUCCUUGUUUACAACUUUUUUUUUCCACUACUGUCUAGCCAAUUUUCUGACUAACAUUCAAACGUCACUCCAAUCUUACUUGUCCUAAUUGGUAUUAGGAAAGUGCUCUCCUGCUGCUUGGUUCCAUAAUUGCACGUAUUCUUUGAUGACUGGAUGUCUUUCCCGAUAUUUAGCUGACGCCAAUGUAACUUUUGUACCCCCGGCGUCAGUCGGACUUAAACGAAUUGCCUUUGACCACUAAUGGCGGUCCUCAUCUGUGUGAGACGACAAGCUUCUGCUUCCACUUCUUUUUGUAUUCAGGAUAUUACGGAGAAAAAAUGGCUGCUUUCUGUGUACUGAAAUAAUUCAGUGAUUGUAUGACUUUAACACAACUGUGUAGCCUCUAAGCGGCCAUGUGGAUUCUAUAGCUUAUGCACCGACAACGAUGAGGACAAUGCUUAUCAAACCCCCCGGCUUCAAUAAAACAAAGAAUCCCAA